AUGAUAUCGUGUUCCAUUGGUGAGGUUGCUGUUGGAAAAGCUCUCAUAGACUUGGGAGCUAGUAUCAACUUAAUGCCUCUGUUUAUGUGCCGACGACUUGGAGAGCUUGAGAUAAUGCCUACGCACAUGACCCUUCAGUUAGUUGAUCGCUCCAUCACAAGACCAUAUGGAGUGAUUGAAGAUGUUUUGGUGAAGGUGAAACACCUUAUAUUUCCAGCUAAUUUUGUGGUGAUAGACAUAGAAGAGGAUGCUGAUAUUCCUCUCAUUCCUGGUCGCCCAUUCAUGUCUACUGCAAGUUGUGUAGUAGAUAUGGAAAAUAGGAUGUUGCAAAUUGGCAUAGAAGAUCAGAAAAUCAUCUUUGAUCUAUUUCAUGAAGAUAAAGAGCCACCUAAUCGGAAUGUCUGUUUUAAAGUUCAUGUCAUGGAGGAAAGAAGACCUGAGAAGAAGGUCCUUGAAGUGGGAACUUUAUUGGAUCCUGGAUAA